AAGGGUACAAAAAGAGCGGCGUUCGGGGUGUUCCACACAAAGGAAUUGCCCCGCUUUUCCGCCCCUCCCAUGAUCGGCGCUCCCACGCUGACCACCGCCUCUCGCACUCCCCUCCUCUCGCGCGAUCUCAUCUCCUCACCUCACUCCUCGCCUCCUCCGCUAAUGCACUCGCCCGGGAUCGCGGGCGCAAACGGGAUGGCCGGUGACGACGGCAGCAGCGGGGGCGGGGGCGGGGGCGGCGACGGCGGAGGCAACCGGGAGGAGGAGGUCCAGAUACAGAUCUCAGGAUCAUCCAAAGCUGCAACUUCAUCUUCUAACGAAACAGGUCCUCAAACCUCUCCAACUAAGCAUUGGCAUUGGUGGUUGAUGGUAGCUCUAAACAUUUUCCUCCUCAUUGCUGGUCAGACAGCAUCGACACUCCUUGGUAGGUUCUACUACAAUCAAGGCGGCAAUAGCAAGUGGAUGUCCACAUUUGUCCAAACUGCUGGCUUUCCUGUGUUGUUCAUUGCCCUCUAUUUAUUCCGUUCAAAAUCACCUUCUACACAAACAUCCACCAGUAGCCCUGAGAUUCCUGUCACCAAAAUUACCCUGAUAUAUAUUUCCUUGGGCCUCAUCAUUGCUGCAGACGACUUGAUGUAUUCCUAUGGCCUAUUGUAUCUUCCUGUAUCAACAUAUUCGCUCGUAUGUGCUAGUCAGUUGGCCUUCAAUGCUGUCUUCUCAUAUGUCCUCAAUGCUCAAAAGUUCACCACAUUGAUUUUCAACUCUGUAAUCCUCCUUACCUUUUCUGCUGCACUCCUUGGAGUUGACGAAGAUUCUCAGGGUACUAAUGGUUUCUCGCAUGGGAAGUACAUAUUGGGUUUCUUGUUGACACUAGGAGCAUCAGCCACAUACUCCCUCAUUCUCUCCCUGAUGCAAGUUACAUUUGAGAAGGUCAUUAAGAGGGAGACUUUCUCAAUUGUGUUGAACAUGCAGAUAUAUACAUCACUAGUGGCAACAAUAGCUUCUCUUAUCGGGUUAUUUGCAAGUGGUGAAUGGAAAACUUUAGAGGGAGAGAUGCAUGCCUUCAGCUCAGGGAGGCUGUCCUAUGUGAUGACACUUACGUGGACUGCUAUAUGUUGGCAGAUAGCUUCCGUCGGAGUGGUGGGGUUGAUAUUUGUGGUGUCAUCACUCUUUUCAAAUGUGAUAAGCACACUAGCUCUACCCAUCAUUCCAGUUUUUGCUGUCAUUUUCUUCCACGACAAGAUGGAUGGAGUGAAGAUUAUUGCUAUGCUGAUUGCCAUCUGGGGAUUUAUUUCAUAUGGCUACCAGUUAUAUGUUGAUGACAAGAAAGCUAGGAAGACUUCAGUCAGUGUGGAGGAGAAUUCUUAAGUGCUUGUUACAUUGUUCUCUGCAGCUCCUGCCAAUUUAAUGUAUUAGUAUUGAGCGAGGUACCAGUAGUUAUUUAGUCCAUCUAAAGAUAUCACGUUGCACAUUUUUUUGGUAUAUACCUCUAUUAGUUUUUUUCUAUGUAAGGUUGUAUUAUCACGGAAAAUAAAAGGAUAAGAAUUAUUUUUCAGAGACA